CUGAGCGGCAGCAUCAUGGCGGACCGAGACAGUGGCAGCGAGCAAAGCGGAGCGGCACUGGGUUCCGGCGGCUCCCUGGGGCACCCGGGCUCUGGCUCGGGCGGCGGCGGGGGCGGCGGCGGCGGGGGCGGCGGAGGGGCCCCGGGGGGGCUGCAGCAUGAGACCCAGGAGCUGGCCUCCAAGCGGGUGGACAUCCAGAACAAGCGCUUCUACCUGGACGUGAAGCAGAAUGCCAAGGGCCGCUUCCUGAAGAUCGCCGAGGUGGGCGCUGGGGGCAACAAGAGCCGCCUCACGCUCUCCAUGUCGGUGGCCGUGGAGUUCCGUGACUACCUGGGCGACUUCAUCGAGCACUACGCGCAGCUGGGCCCCAGCCAGCCCCCGGACCUGGCCCAGGCGCAGGAUGAGCCGCGCCGGGCGCUCAAGAGCGAGUUCCUGGUGCGGGAGAACCGCAAGUACUACAUGGAUCUCAAGGAGAACCAGCGGGGCCGCUUCCUCCGCAUCCGCCAGACGGUCAACCGGGGGCCCGGCCUGGGCUCCACGCAGGGCCAGACCAUCGCCCUGCCGGCCCAGGGGCUCAUCGAGUUCCGUGACGCCCUGGCCAAGCUCAUCGACGACUAUGGCGUGGAGGAGGAGCCGGCCGAGCUGCCCGAGGGCACCUCCUUGACUGUGGACAACAAGCGUUUCUUCUUCGACGUGGGCUCCAACAAGUACGGGGUGUUCAUGCGGGUGAGCGAAGUGAAGCCCACCUACCGCAACUCCAUCACUGUCCCCUAUAAAGUGUGGGCCAAGUUCGGCCAUACCUUCUGCAAGUACUCCGAGGAGAUGAAGAAGAUCCAGGAGAAGCAGAGAGAGAAGCGGGCUGCCUGCGAGCAGCUCCACCAGCAGCAGCAGCAGCAGCAGGAGGAUACAGCAGCAGCAACCCUGCUGCUGCAGGGGGAGGAGGAGGGGGAGGAAGAUUGAUCAAACUGUAAAAAACAUAAACACACAUACACACACAAACAGAGAGGAAAAAACUAUACUAUAAAGAAAGAGAGAAAAUAAAAUUUAAAAAAUGUUAAAAAAAAAUGUAACUGUUAACUCCAAGGGAGCACCCACCACCCACCGAACCUCCACCAACUGACAGUUUCUCUUCUUGACUUGCCACCCAUCGCUGGAUGUUGUCCACUUUAUCCACCAUAUAAAACAGUAAGCAGCUGCUAAAACAAAACAAAAAAAAAAACAAAAAAGUAAUAACAUUAUAUAUGAACUGUGUUUCCUACUUGAUUAAAAAAUAUAAAGAACUGAGUGUUUAUUUCCCUAAUUAACCAAGAACUUUUGUACACGUUUAAGCUAUUAUUAUUAAAAGUGUUUGCAAAAUGGUCAAGAUUAUAAUAUUGCUGAAUUAUAUUAAAAAAAGUCCUUUUCAUGUUGAGCUAACAUUUGACUUUAGCACAAAAAAAGAGAUAUUUUAGAACACGUAAAAUAAUAUUUUUAGUUUUUUCUUCUCAUUUUGUUACCAAAUUUCAAACCUUACAUGGAGGUUAUUAUAGUAUAUUUGACACCCUAUAUACCUGUGAUUAGAGAUGUGUAUAUAUAUGAGGGCUAGGCAUGCUUUGUGUCUGAGCUUUGUCUAAAUGUUAUGCAGAAGUUUGUAGAGUUAAAGGUACGUAGGUUUAAUUCAUGCAAGGUAAACAAUAAGUGCUCUCUUUUAUACAAUAUGCAUUGCAUCUGGACCUUAAACAUAUAAAAUGGUCAGUGAAACUUCUGUGAACAUGAAGAAAAUUAUUAAAAAAGGCAUUUAAAUGAAAUUUGCUAAGUUGUGAUUUUUACGGUUUGAACCAAAGUUAUUCAAAUAGUAAAAAAAAGAAAAAAGAAAAAAAGAAUAUCUCCUCCCAUAAUAUUUUUCUGCUCCUGUUUGGUUUACAACUAAGUAGGCGUAUUGUCAUUAUUGUGUAUAUGAGAUGUACUUGUAUUGUUCAUAAUAUAUUUUUUUUAUUAUGUGUAGAAAGACUUAAAGUACUUACUUUAUGUGCAGCAAUUUCCAGUGAACCUGUAUUUGGACAACAGGUAGUGAGUCUUUGUGUGGUCACUGACACUAGCACUGUUUCCUAAACUUGCAAGAGGUCUGAAGCUAUCCUUUGAUUUAUGCCAGUGCUAUUAAUUUAUGUAGGCCUGUUAGAAACCAGUGCAACACAAUUAUAGAGUUAUCCUACUGAGCCAUGGAUUUUGAGUUUCAUAUAAAAGUGAAAGCCAAGUUGGUGUAUGUAAAGGAUUUCCAUGUAGCUGUGGUGCUAGUUAUUACUGGCUACAUUAUUAUUUUAAGUGUAUUUGUGACCCCAAGUGUACAAGCCUCCUAUCAAGUUUGUUCUUGUAACUCUUAUAUUCAAGGUGUAGGGUAUGAAAAUGCAGAACUUAGGAGAGCACUGAUUUGUCAGCUGUUGUCCUCCAAACUGAAGUUAUUUGUAACUAUAGACUUUUACAGGUUUUCCUUUAAAGACGUUUGUGUGCUUUUAAUUGACAACUAACUUCUUGCUGCUGUAUAGUAAAAUAUUAAUAUAUUUUUAUCAUUAAACUGCUGCAUGACUAUCAUCAUUGAGUGAAGAGAAAAUGUUAUAAAAAAGAUGCCUUAAACAGUACAUUUUUGUUCAGAAUUCUGUCGAAAGCAUUUAAGUAAAUGGAGAAUCUUGUCUGACUCAAAGUUCUGGGGAUGAAAUAAUUUGUUUCUUGAGAAACCUAACCAUGUAGAUCUAACUGCUGUAUAUAGAAGACACCACCUGUAGGAACAGGAAGGUAUCUGUGCUUCUCAAUGAUUGUAAAGCAUUGGCCUAGGAAGGUGAAAAAGUUGUCUAAAGUAACUUUUCUGCUGGUUCAUUUGGUUUUAUUUUUAUAUUUUUAAAGUUCCCUGGUUGUGUUUUUUCUUUGUUUUUGAGAUCUACUGUAUUUGUUGGAUAAACAAGCUAUUUCCAUUGUACUGUGCAUUUCUCUUUUAAAUAAUUUGCUUUUAGUAUUCCUGCAAUGUUAAAUAUGAUAUGACCUUACAGUAGUUAGGAGUUUCUUUUACUUAAAGAUCACUGGAAAUUAUUAAAUUGCUUUUUUUCUCCCCAAGAUGCAUUUUUCUUAUUUCCAAGUAGUAGAAUUAAGCUUUGACAGUACGUAAUGUGAGUCAUUUGGAAUGCUUUUCACCUGCAUGUAAACAUUGAUUAACGACCUGGGAUUUUUUGUUGUUGUUUUAAAGUUUGUUGAGCAGUUUGUUCACUGUACUUCAACUGUGAUAUAGAAAAGAUUGCAUUAUCUGUGCUGUUUCUAGUUAGAAAAGUGAUUUGCUUUGAUUUUUGUUUCUGGUUUAUUGUAGGUCUAAAAAGUUAAGCCUUGUAUCACAGGUGGUUGGAAUACUUCUGCAUCAGUGUUUUAUAAGUGCCAGCAGUGCAAGUCAGCAAAACCAAGUCAAAUUUAGGCAAAGUGACCUUUCUCACCAUAGAGAAGAGAGUUCUUUCACAAGAUUUUCUUUAGGGUCGGAAUUACCUAAGGGAAACCUUGACUGUAGAUUUCAGAUUCUGUUUUGGAAUUGGACCAGAUAGAAGUAUAUGGGUUGUGCAAUUCUAGUUAUGCUAUAAGAGUUGAUUGAACACAAUCUUAGCAAGUUUUUGUGCAUGGUGUCUGAUUUGCAGUCAGUGGAUUUUUGUUUGAAUCCACCUAUAGAUAUACUAAGAUUUACAUGGUGACCAUGGAAAAGAUGCUCUUGUUGCAUGGGUUUAUCCUUGUUCCCUUCUUCCCCCCCCCCCCCAAGAUGCUUGGUACCUUACUAAGGUUCAGUAUCUCAGUGUUUUGCAGCUGAAAGUUGUUUCUUUUGUUUUUCUUAAAAUGGUAACCCUGUUUAUGCUAGAACAAUAAAGGUAUUGGUAUAUUUGACCAUAUGUGUAACUCAAAGAAGACAGUAUGAUCAAAUGUGCCAAAGGAAAAAAAAAACAACAGAAAACAAAACCAAUUCCUGACAAGUAUUGCCUUAUUUUCCUUAAUGAUCUGCUUUGUCUUAUAAUGGUCCAAUAGCUUAGUCAAAUUAUAUUUGCCUGAGUAUGAAAGAAAACUUGAAAUUCAUUGCAAUAUUGACAUUCUUUAAAAUGAGACACUGUCAAGUAAUUCAACCCAGAGGAAAAUAGCCACCAGAUUUAAAUACCAAUUGUGGUGGUGGUGAUUGUGGUGGUGAUGGUGGUGAUGGUGGUGGUGGUGGUGGUGGUGGUGGUGUUGGUGGUGGUGGUGGUGGUGAUGUUUACUCUUUUAUUUUAAAAGCCACUGUUGAUUUGUGCCUCACAUUUUUCAUGCUGAGUAGCAGUCAUCCAGCCACAGAGGGAGCUAAAGUUAACUAACCAGAACUGUACAGAAAUCAUUAUACGUGCUUUUUCACAGCAAAGGAAGUUCCUAAGAAAAGCCAUGUUGGCUUUUACUCUAUAAAAUACAGAUUGGAGGAUAGAUGAAUAUUUGCCAAAUAGAAAGAAACAAUAAGAGAGAAAAAAUAUUGUUUUCUAGCUUUUCAAAAGCCAUGGAGUCUCUAAACCAAAACAUACCAACAAAAAUCCUUGACAGUGUCACUUUUUAGUUUUCCCUAAAAGGGAUUGAAGUUUAACUAAAGUAUAAAUUUUAGCAGUAUUUUGUUUUGUUUUGUUUUCAAGAUUUUACAAAUACUUUUUAAAGAAUAGAGUUGCUAUAGUAAAAAUGGAUUACUAUCUUGAUUUGUUUAUUCAGGUCUGCAGAAGGCUGCUAGUAAUUUUAACCCUUCCCUUAUCCAAAGUAGACAAUUAUUUUUAUUUGGGAACAAGUACAUUGUUGCCUUUUAAAAUAGCACUAUAACAACACUAUUAAUUGUAGUGUAAUAUUUAUCCCUUGCAAACUAUGCAAAGUAAGUGUAAAUUAGGAUUAAAUUAAAGAUAGUUGAUUACAUUUCAAUCAGGUGGCAUUCAGGAAAUUAACUGAAUUACAUACCAAUAAAAACUAUUAGUCCAAGAACUAUGUAUGCUAACAACAAAAUAUAACUUAGCUACCUAGUCUAAAAAUUGUCAACAUUAAUAUUGUGUAACAGGUCUGGAGAAGAUUGCCUCCUUUCUUAAAAAGAGAGAUUAAGAAUUUUUAUAAUUGUUUUUCAUCAAAUUUUAAUAUUUUUGUCAAAUUUUUAGGUAUUUAAUUUGUAAAACAGUCUGCUUUGUACUAGCAUACAGAAAAUAGGGUAUUGAUUUAAACUUUUUGAAGCCAAGUGAUCAAGUACAUUUGUAAUAAAAGUCAAUGGAUCGAUA